GAGCGGAAUGUGUGUGUGUGUGUGUGUGUGUGUGUGUGUGUGUGUGUGUGUGUGUGUGUGUGUGUGUGUGUGUGUGUGUGUGUGUGUGUGUGUGUGUGUGUGUGUGUGUGUGUGUGUGUGUGUGUGUGUGUGUGUGUGUGUGUGUGUGUGUGUGAGAGAGAGAGAGAGAGAGAGAGAGAGAGAGAGAGAGAGAGAGAGAGAGAGAGAGAGAGAGAGAGCGAUAGGGAGGUAGAGGGACAGAGAGAGAGAGAGCCGCCUUCAAACAUGGCGUCUCCAGCGGAAAAUGACUAAAAAUAUUAAAACGCGGCCUACAAUCUUUCCACCUAGUCGUUGUAUGUUUGUAACUCUGCGCUAUUCUACACAGAUCUGCUACUACUAACAGCCAAACCAAACGCGCAGCAAUACUUCUAAUGCGACUUCUAUACUUGCAUACAUUAGCCUACUAGCAUCUCUGGAGUUUUAUUUUGAUGCGACGCUACCAUCAGCUAGCGUCUGCUAGCCCACAACAACCCGGGGGGCGGGAACGAUCUGCGGGCGGAAAAAUCACGAAUUUGGGCUCUUGCGCUAUUAAGUGGAAUAGUUACAAAUAACCAGGUUAAUCGAUCCGAAUAUUUCCGAUCGUGGAUCCGAUCGACGUGGUGAAGAGAGGAGAGGUAGAUUGGAGACGAAGACGGAGAAAAGGACGCAUUGGAUCAAAUGUUUCUCAGCCAAAUCAUCCAUCAUCUCCAUAAUGACUGUGUGUGCGUGUGUGUUUUUUCGGAUCGAAUCCCCCUUUUUUGGCGUAAAUGAUGGAGGGAUAAGCGUAGGAACGGGGAAAAAGGAGUGAUAUCGGUGGUGUUUUGGAAUAUAGACCCCUAGACCCCCCUCUCUUUUCUCUCCUCCCUCCAUUUCUUCUCUCAAGAUGCUGUUUUCCACCCCGGACCUCUGGCUUAUCAAACCGGGGAAAUAAGCCGAGAUCCGAAAGCGGGGAAGAUAGGAUCUUUCGCCUCAUAAUCUGAUUUCUGAUUCCGACUCCCAAGUCGCUUUCGUCCACAUUGCACCAUCGCAUUAUAUCACACAGAUGGAUCGGAACUACCCGGGCGCCGGGUUUGGAGACCUGGCUGCAGGGGCAGGAUGGAGCUACGAGAGGUCGGCUAAAGCAAGUUUGAUGUAUGGGAGCUCCCGGUCGUCCCACCCAGACUCUGAGCUCCUCCACCGGCAGGCGUAUGCUACGCCCCAUCCCCUGCAAGGCUACGCCACCAACCACCACCCAGGAAGCUCUGGCCAGGGCGGGGCUUGGGGGGCUGCCGGGAGGAGUUUGGGUCUGUCGGGGCUGUUUGACACUGGGCUCCACCACGCCAGCCCGUCCGGGCCCGACGCCUCGGUCAUGAACCUGAUCUCUGCCCUGGAGUCUCGCGGGCAGCAGCCCCCUCCCGCCGCCUCCUCCCUGCUCUCCCAGUUCCGCGCACCCUCCUGGCAGACAGCCAUGCACACCCCCGCCCCGGCAGAGCUCUUCAUCUCCGGGGCCCUGCCCGGCUCCGCCUCCUUCCCCUCCUCCUCCGCCCUCUCAGCCUAUCAGCAUCCGGCCUCCUUCUCCAGCCGCUCCUUCCCCGCCGGCUCCCUGUCCCUUCAGGACACGCCCACCUUCAGCCCCACCUCCAACGGCCUGCUGUCGCCCCACGACCCCCUGCUCCACAUCAAGGCCUCGUCCCAGUCGGGCCUGGGCUUCGACCGCCUCCUCUCCUCCCAGAGCGCGUCCUACCGCGGCGGCCAGGACCCCGGCGGCGCGGGCUCCUCCCCGGGAGCCGGCUCCUCCUCCUCCCGGCACCUGCAGUCGCACCAGUUCAACCUGCUGUCGUCCCAGCUGCAGGAGCAGUCCUCCCACCAGCUGUACAACGCCUCCGUCUUCUCCUCCGCCCAGGCCCAGGCGGUGGGCGGGUCCCAGGAGCGCGCCGUGCCCCGCCAGGACAGCGUGAUCAAGCACUACCAGCGGCCGGGCGGCGCCCCCCAGCCCCACUCCCUGCAGCACUACCUGAGCUGUGGGGGCGCGGGCUACCAGCACCUCCCCUCCCACCACCGCCACGCCGGCCUCUCGGCCUGCAGCCCCCUGGGCGACCAGAGCCCGUCCGCCGAGCACAAGGCCGGCGCCCGGCCCGACCAGUACCGGCCCAUCAUCCAGCCCCCCUACUCCGCCCCCUCCUCCGCCCCCUCCUCCGCCGCCGCGGGCAAAGGAGCCAAGGGCAGCUCCAGCAGCGGGUACUCCUCGGCCAGCUCGGCCUCCUCCUCCAGGACUCCUCACACCCCCCCCUCGGCCUCCUCCACCUCCUCUUCGUCCUCCUCUUCCUCAGCUCCCUCAGGGCCCCACCCCUCCGGCUCCAGCUCUAGCUCCGCCCCCUCCCGCCAGCAGCCCCCGCCUCAGCCGGCUCCUCCCCCCCCCGCGCCCCCCCAGCCCCCCGCUACCUCCAGCUCCUCCGUCCCGCAGACCCUCCCCAAGGCCUGCCUCUCGGGCUACGGCUCCCCCGCGCCCCCCGUCAAGACCCCCAGCGCGUCCCUCGCCGGGCAGACCCCCCCCCAGCAGCAGCUCCAGUCCUACUCCCCCAACCAGCCCCCGUCCUCCCACCUCUCCCAGUCCUACUCGCCCAGCCAGGCCCCGCCCGCGGCCCACCUGCCCCAGGCCUACGGGGGCUUCAGCUCCCCUCAGGCCCAGGACCUGAGCUCCGCGGCGGGGGGGGGGAAGGGGUACGGGGGCCUGGGGGGGCGGAGCCAGGCGUACUCCGCCGACGUCUACGCCGCCGACUCCGCCUACGGGUCCCUCCCGUCCUCCCUGGGCGGGGCCGGAAGCCCGUCGCUAGGAUACGGAGCCCCAGGCCACUCCCCCGCCCUUUUAAGGUCAGGGGGCUCAUCAGGAAGCGCAGCGUCCGGCUCCGGAGGCGGGGCCGGGGGUAAUCUGACCAAUGAGAGGGCGGGGAGCGGCGGAGGGUCCUAUCACAUCCAGGACUCGAGCCCGUCCCCGUCCGGCAACUCGGCCAUCAUCCGGCCCGGGCUGCACUCCCCCAACCAGUCCCCGGGGGGCGCCGGCUCCAACAAGUACCUGUCCUCCGUCCUCUCCCCGGGCUUCCUGUCCUCCCCCCAGGGGGGGUACCCCGACUCCCGGGGCGUCCCCUCCUCCCAGACCUACCACCCCUCCUCCUCCUCCAAACCCAAGGCCGACUCCUCCUCCUCCCUGCUCGCCCAGCGCUCCCAGGAGGAAGUGGACGACGAGGACUUCCUGAUCGAGCACCUGCUGCAGGCCCAGGCCAGCCCCGCCCCCCAGAACUCCCAGAGCGGGACGCCGGGCGGCGGCGGCGGCGGCGACGGGGGCAAAGGCCUCUCCUACGACCUGGCCAAGUCCUCGGAGGAGCGCUACCACCUGCAGAGCGUGAUCAGGACCCACACCGCCACCUCCAGCGGGGGCGGGGCCGGCGCGGGCAGCGCCAUCUCCGGGCUGGACACGCAGCUGGAGAUGUCCCUGAAGAAACAGCAGCAGCAGCAACAACAACAACAACAACAACAACAACAACAGCAGCAGCAGCAGCAGCAACAACAACAACAACAGCAAAGUCAACAGCUGAGGAGCGAGCGCCCGGGUAACAACAGAGGAAGUGGUGGUGGGGGGGGCGGCGGCGGGGGCAGGGGGAACCAGGGCGACCCAACGCACCCCACGCACCUCCAUCACCAUGACAACCUGGGCUCGGUGGUCCACUAUGGGCGGGGGGACCCGUACUCCCAGCACUCCCUGGGCUCCCACGCGGGGCUGCAGAGCCACGCUCAGAUGGAGCUGCAGAAGAAGAGCCAGCAGCAGCAGCAGCAGGAGCAGUCGGACAUCCCCCCCUACCCCCGGAAGAGCAGCGAGGGCGGGGUCUCCCUGAUGGACUCCCCCACGGACCGCCAGCCGCCGCACCUGCUGCAGUCGGUGCUGGCCCACACGGCGGCACGCAGCAAGAUGGACCAACCCCACCACCCGCAGCACCACAAGAUGGAGGCUCACCGCCAGCACCCGCAGCACCAGGCCCACCACAAGAUGGACCCCCUCUCCCAGCACUCCCUCGGACAGCAGCAGCAGCAGCAGCAGCAGCAGGGCUCCGGGAAGCACCCGCCGCAGCCGCAGGGCAGCCAGCUGCAGAUCCAACUCCAGUCCCAGGCUCUGGAGGCCGCCGCCGCCGCCGCCCACUACGGCCAGCAGGAGCAGAGCCAGGCCAAGCACCAGGGGGGGGUCUCCUCCCUGGACAUGCUGGAGCGAUCCCUGGCCCGGACCGGCGAGGUGGAGGAGGAGCGGCGAGGGGGCGGGGCUAGAGGAGGAGGGAGAGGCGGAGCGGUAGGAGGUGGCGGGGGAGGGGGUGGAGAGUGCCACCAGCAGGAGCAGCAGCAGAGGUCCCACCCCUCGCACCACCACUCCCAGCACCCCUCCAACUCGGACCUCCACCCCUUCCUGUCGGAGGCCGACCUGGGCCUGGCCUCCUCCCACAUGCACCACCCCCACCACCCGCAGCACGGCCAGCAGCAGCACCCCCACCACCUGCCCCCGCCCCCGCUCUCCGGCCACCAGCAGUCCCAGCGCGAGGCCCAGCAGCAGAGCCUGCCCCAGUCCCAGGCCGGCCAGGAGCAGCACCAGUUCGACCAGGUCAGCCCGGUGGACAAGGGCGCGCAGAACCAGCAGAGCAACCGCUUCGUCCCGCUCACCUCCAUCUGCUUCCCCGACUCCCUGCUCCAGGACGAGGACCGCUCCUUCUUCCCCGGCAUGGAGGACAUGUUCUGCCCCGACGAGUACAAGCCCAGCUGCGGAGGCGGCGGGGGGGGGGGCGGCCCCGGGGGCCAGGAGAUGAACAGUGGCCAGCCGGGCCAGGAGGGCAUGGACUCCCUGAAGGGAGGGCCGGGAGGGGGCGGCGCCGGGUCCGGAGGAGGGGGAGGGGGCUACGACAUGAUGGGCCACCACAGGGCGGAGCAGGGCUACGGCCAGUACUGCCACGGGCUGGAGGACUCCGGCCCGGGGGGCAUGAACCUGGACCUGGACCCCCUGAAGGGCCACGAGCUGCCCUCCACCGUCAACACGGAGCAGCUGGGCCUGAUCCAGUCCCAGGGGCCCCCCAUGGGGCUGGGGCCCAACUGCUCCGGACCCAACAACAACAACAACAACGGCGCCGGCGGGGGGAAGCACCCGCCGGGACACGGCGGCGUCGGCGGGGGCUCGGUGGGGCUCCAGUCCCCGAUCUUCUGCUCCUCGCGGCCCAAGAAGCUCCUCAAGUCGAGCUCCUUCCACCUCCUGAAGGAGCGCAGGGACCCCAGCUCCCUGCCCAAGAAGAGCUACGCCCAGGAGUACGAGUUCGAGGACGACGAGGACAAGGCGGACCAGCCCGCCGACAUCCGGCUCAACAGCCGGCGCCGCACGGACCUCCUGCCCGACCUGGUGUCCAGCUGCCGCAAGGGAGGGGCGGCGGGAGGGGGAGGAGGGGGAGGAGGGGGAGGGGGAGGAGGAGGAGGGGGCGCCGGCUCCCUCAGCCCCAUGAUGGGUGACCUCGACUUCUACCACUCCCUGAUGCCCCAGGAGGGCCCCAAGAAGAGGGGCCGCAAGCCCACCAAGCCCAAGAGAGAGGGGCCCCCCAGACCCCGGGGCCGCCCCCGCAUCCGACCCCUUCCGGAGCCCUACACGCCCCGCGGCAUGAUGGGGGAGCUGGGCCCCGUGGCGCCGGGCGCCGGGUACAGCGUGGAGGGCGGGCGUGGCCGCGGCCGGGGCCGGGGCGGGCGGGGCCGCGGGGCCAAGAGGGAGGACAUGAUGAUGGAGAUGAAGGAGCAGGACCCCAGCCUCCUCCCCCACCAGCAGAUCCACCACGAGCCCAUCCCCCCGCUGAAGAUCAAGCUGCCCAUCGGCACCAUGGCGUCGGCCGACUCCCUGCUGAGGACGGACUCUCUGUCCGGGACGGACCCGGCACUGUCGGACGGCUCGGUGGGCUCGGCCCCCUCCCUGGGGCUCAGCCCCGGGGCCCCCUGCAGCGCCGACAGCUCCAGGAGCCAGGACAAGAGGGGCAGGGGCCCGCUGGGGGCCGACGGGGGCGACGACGGCGGGAUGGACGACAGGGACCAGGAGAAGGAGGAGUCCAAGGCCGGCUUCAUGGCCUCCUUCCUGGACUUCCUGAAGACGGGGAAGCGUCCCGUCGGCAUGGAGAUGGACCCAGUCACCUGUGACUCCUCCCCCUCCCCCUGCAAACUCCGCCCCUUAUCGCCCGCGGCCCCGACCCCGUCGUUCGGCGAGGGCUCGGAGGGGGCCGGCGGGGGCCUGUCCCUGGGGGGCUGCUCCUCCCCCAAGCGGCUGGAGGACGAGCUGAAGAGGAACCUGGAGACGCUGCCCUCCUUCUCCUCCGACGAAGAGGAGGAGGACUCGGUGGGGAGGAACCAGGACCUCCAGAAGAGCAUCUCCUCGGCCAUCUCCGCCCUCUACGACACGCCCCAGCUCCAGGCUCCGCCCCUGCCGCCGCCGGCCACGCCCACGCCCCCGCCGCCGCCGCUCACCCCCACCCUGCAGCCGCCCAUCCUCUCCCCCCAGCGGCCCCACCCCUCCCCCCCCCACCCCUCCUCCUCGCCCAACGACGAGCAGCCGGCCCUUCUGGAGAGGCAGGAGGAGCGGGAGGAGCCGGAGGAGGAGGAGGAGGAGCAGCGGGAGGAGGAGGAGGACGAAGAGGAGGAGAUGGAGGACGGGAAGAUGGCGGCCAUCGACACCCACCAGCACGAGCAGGAGAAGGGAAGGGACAGCGAUGAGGAAGAGGAGGAGGAAGAGGAGGAGAGUCUGGAGGAGCUGCAGGCUGAAGCACCGGCUCUGGAAGAUGCUGUUGCCGCGGCGACGUCCCAGGCUCCCCCGGACCCCCCCUCCCCGGCCUCCUCCUCCUCCCCCUGCCACUCCCCCCUCCCGCCCCUCUCCCUACCCUCCCCCGCUCCCCCCCAGCCAGAGGAGGAGAACGUCAGCCCCUCCCCCGCCGCCUCCGUGCCCCCCUCCUCCCCCGCCCCCCCGCCCGCCCUCUCCUCCAGCCCCGCCCCUCCCCCCUCCUCCUCCUCCCCGCCUCCUCCCGGCCUGGACCAGAAGGAGUCCCCCCCCAGCUCCCCCGCCCCCUCCUCUCCGGAGGAGGAGGAGGAGGAGGCCCCGCCCCCUAAGACCUCCUCGCUGCACCUGGCCCAGAAGCAGGGGGGCGCGGCCAUCGCCGGGGAGAGCGAGGGGGACGAGAGCGAGAGCGGGGCCGAGGGGAUCUUCAGGGAGAGGGACGAGUUCGUGGUGCGCGUCGAAGACAUCCAAUCCCUCAAGCUGGCGUUACAGACGGGUCGUGAACCCCCCCCCAUCUGGCGCGUCCAGAAGGCUCUGCUGCAGAAGUUCAGUCCAGAGAUCAAAGACGGCCAGAGACAGUUCUGUGCCACCAGCAACUACCUGGGGUACUUUGGCGACGCCAAGCGGCGGUACCAGCGUCUCUACGUCAAGUUCCUGGAGAACGUCAGCAAGAAGGACUACGUCCGCGUGUGCUCCCGGAGACCCUUGCGCCGCAACGCCCCCGGGCUCAGGCGGCAGCUCCCCCUCAGGGUGGCGUCCCAGCCUCCCUCCCUAACGCCCGCAGAAAAGGAGGAGAAGGCCGCUCCUCCCUCCCAGAGGGAGAAGACCAGGAGCCGAGAGAAGAGGGAGGCGGUGGCGAAGGAGGAGAAGGAGGAGAAGGAGAAGGGAGCGAGGGAACGGGUGGAGAAGGAGAGGAGAGUCCAGCCCCAGCAGCGGAAGGCGGAGAAGCGAGGAGCCGACAGGGGGAAGGAGAGAGCAGCGGAGCGACCCGUCCGAUCCAAACAGACCAGGAGCAAGACGGAGGUGGAGCCUCCUCCCAAGAAGAGGAAGGAGUGGCAGAAGGAGGCGCCCUCCUCUUCAGACUCCUCCUCCGAGGGCAGCGAAGACGAACGUAAGACACCUCCUUAUUUACACCACACUACGACACAUCCUCCUCUCGGGACAAGCCACAGUGUGGAGCAGGCUGCUGACGACCCCGGCCAGGAGGAGGUGGUGCAGCAGUGCAUGGCCAAUCAGAGCUGGCUCGACACGCUGUACUGCACCUUCAGCAGCCUGUUGGCUCUCAGCUCCAAGGCCUGA